UGUGUCUCACACGCGAGUGGCGGCCACUCGGCGAGAUAUAGGUGGCACAUAGGAGCGCAGUUUCUCGUGGCAUUAUAAACCCACCUUGCGUGAAAAGAGACAGACAGAAAGACUACCUGCGUGCAGCGCAACGAGCGAGAAAAGGAGAGAGAGAGACAGACAGACAGACAGAGACGCAGGAGAGAGAAAAAGGAGACGCGAUAUAGCACGGGUCAGUUAAGGCAAAGAUGUCGAGGCGCGAGGUUUCAUUGUUCGACAACGCAACGAGCAGAAUGUCAACGAGGAUUAUUUGCUGUCUGGUGCUAGUGGUGGCGAUUUUCAACGAUUGUCACGCUUUACCAGCGGCGGCCGAGAAUCAACGGCACAGACGUGCACCGCAGGAGGGCGACGAUGGCCCGCUUCCGUUCAUUCAGUUCACCAAGGGUGGAAUUCGCGUGAACUUCGGCGGCUAUCACGCCCAGGCCGGGCUCGGAGGUCUGCUCACGGGCAGAGCCGCCGACGGAGGACUGCACGCUAGCGCCGGCAUCGAGAACGGACCCUCGGCCAGCGCCGGCCUCGGAGGAAGUCUCGAGAACGGACCACAGGGCGGCCUUCAUGCACGAGCGGGACUGGGCGGCAGCGGACCGGCAGCCGAGGCUGGACUCUCGGGUUCGUUGGCCGGACCGAAGCCGUCCGGUGACAUCUACUCGCGAGCCCAGAUAGCCAACGGCAUCGAGGUGUCCAAGACUAAGGGCAAAAAUGUCCAGAUAAUUCCAAGACCCAAAAAGGCUACGGAACAGGAUCAAUAUGCGGCGAGUGGAGCAACGGCUGCGGCUUUGAAUAGAGACCCCUCGGACUCAGACGACGAGGCCUUGAAAAAAUCGCAUCCCGCUCGUUGGUACUUUGAAAAACGAGUCCAGGAGCGUAUCGCGGCCGCAGGCCAGACUACCGCUGAGCCCACGACGACCGACAGUAAUGCUAUAUCUGAACAAGCAGUGACGAGUAGCAGUGCUGGCAGCAGUAGCAGUAGCAGCAGUAGCAGCACCAACAUCAACAAUAGUAGUAAUAAUAGUAUCAAAGAAAAAAACAGCGGAGGUAGGCAGACGUCGGGCAUUUAUUCCAGGGCUACCGCCAGCGCAUCUAAUGACGAGGCGAUUCAAGACACCGGCCGACCCAAACACAGGUCGACGCUGUUCGAUGACAUUUUCAACAUUCCAAUCUCGGCGCUGAAUGCCGUGAACAAGCUCUUGAAGAAUCACGUCGGCAAGAAGUGAGGAAUCAAUCUAUCUCAGCGCGGAUUAGCAGCUCUCUUCUCGCGGCGCUACGGCAACAAAGAAAAUAACCUAUUUUUAUUAUAAUUUUUCCUCGAUAGAAAUCAGUAAUUAUCGAAAUCGACUCAUCGCCGCUCGAUACGUUACUCGCGAUUAGCUUUACAUAAUAAUGUAUUGUGUACAAUAAAAAUAUAUCGAUAUGCUAAAUCAAAUAUUCCGCAAUAUUGUAUAAUGUAAUGAAGACAUUCGAAUUUUCAUCACGUUCCAAGGCUGGAGAAGAUUACAACAAAAUAAAGAAAAGAACAAAAAAGAGAAACAAAAUUGUAAUACGCUGUAGCUUUGUUGUUGAUUCGUGAAAAUAAGUGUGCGCACGAGUUUGAAUCGGCGAUUGUGAUAUUUGAAUUGAAUGACAAUGAGUGGACUUUUAUAUGCGUCGCAUGUAAGAGGAUUCGUAUUUUAAUUUUGACUCAUGGCAAUUUCCUAUUUUACUCUUAGCGUUAAUAUUUUUCAUGUGUUUGUAGUAAGAUUUCGUAAUAAACGUGGAAGAUCAAUAAUCACUAUAAAA